CGCCAACUGCACGCCGCUACCUCCCUCGUCGUCGACGACGAACUGGGACUGGGACUGGGACUGAUCGGAGACAGCGUCCGUCCGCUAUGGUGUAGCAAGGACUAGGGAGCCAGCGACGGCGAUGCGUGCCGCGAGCCCUCCGCUGCCGUCCCUGCACCACCAUGACCCGGACCACCUGCUCCGCCUAGUGGACGAUCUCUGCGCGUCGGGCCGCUCCGCGGAGGCGCACCGGCGCGCGUCCCUGCUCCUCCUCUCCCCGGCGAGCCGUCUCCACGCGCGUGCCGCCGAUGCGCUCCUGAUCCGCCUCCUGCGCGCCCGCACGCCGCUCCUCACGCUCCGCCUCCUCCAGGCGCUCCCCGCCGCCGCGACCGCGCCCGCGCCCUCCCUCCCCAACCGCAACCGCCUGCUCGCGCACCUCUGCCGCGCGGGGCACGUGCUCCUGGCGCACCGCUUCCUCCUCCGCAUGGGCGCGGCUCCGGACGCCUUGUCCUACGCCGCGCUCCUCGACGGGUACGCGCGGGCGCCCGACGCUCGCGCCGUGCAGAGGCUGCUCGACGAAAUGCCCGCCCGCGGGGUGCCGCCCACCUCCCUCGCGCGCACGUUCCUUGCCAAGGCGCUCCUCCGCGCCCGCGACGUCGGCGCGGCGAUGGAUGUCGUCGACACAGCCCUCUGGCCCAGCGCGGCGGGCGGCGAUCGGCUCCGUGAGGACCAGGAGGUCACCAGCGCGGCGUUCGCCAACCUCGUGCAGUGCCUCUGUGCCGAGGGGUUCUUCCACGUUCUGUUCCGGGUCGCCGAGGAGAUGCCGCAGCGGCGGUGCGGCGUGGGCGACGACUUCGCGUACGCGCAGAUGAUCGACUCGCUGUGCCAGGCCGGGCAGCACCACGGCGCGUCCAGGAUCGUCUACAUCAUGAGGAAGAGAGGGAUAUGCCCGAGCGCCGUCUCCUACAACUGCAUUGUUCACGGGCUGUGCACCAUGCCCAAGCCUGGCGCAUGCCUAAGAGCGCACCAGCUGGUGAUGGAAGGCACGAGUUUUGGAUACCGCCCGAGGGAGGUGACGUACAAGGUGCUCGUGGACGAGCUGUGCCGUGAGAAUGAGCUCGCCAAGGCCAAGGAUGUCCUGGAGCUGAUGCUGCAGCCCACCGUCCAGUGUGGCCAGGACAGUGGUGGAGAUGCGGGUGAGGAGACCAGGACAAGGAUAUACAAUGUGUUUCUUGGGGCACUGCGUGUUGUGGACAACCCGAGCGAGCAGCUUGGUGUGCUUGUUUCUAUGCUGCAGGCUGGAUGCAAGCCGGAUGUGAUCACCAUGAACACUGUCAUCCAUGGCUUCUGCAAGUCCAGGAGGACCCAGGAGGCAAGGAGGAUCAUGGACGACAUGCUCAGCGGGAAGUUCUGUGCUCCUGAUGUUGUCACCUUUACCACACUCAUAUCUGGAUACCUGGGUGCAGGUGAUCAUGCACAAGCCCUUGAUGUACUGCGCUCUUUGAUGCCUAGGCGUCGGUGCUCUCCAACUGUCGUUACUUACAACUGUGUCCUCAAGGGAUUGUUUGGCGUUGGGCAAGUUGAUACAGCAAUGCAGGUGCUUGAGGAAAUGAGUGCCAAUAAGGUUGCUGCUGAUCCUGUGACUCAUACUGUGGUGAUCAAAGGGCUCUGCGAUGCAGGGCUGCUCGAGAAGGCGAAGGAAUUUUGGGACAAUGUCGUCUGGCCGUCAGGGAUACAUGAUGAUUAUGUGUACAGUGCUGUCUUCAGAGGUCUCUGCAAACAGAUGAAACUGGAACAGGCAUGUGAUUUCUUGUACGAGUUGGUUGAUUGCGGGGUUGCUCCCAGUGUAGUGUGCUACAACAUACUCAUAGACGCUGCCUGCAAACAGGGAUCGAAUAAGUUAGCAUAUCAGCUAGUUAAGGAGAUGAAAAGAAACGGGCUAGCACCAGAUGCUAUUACUUGGAGGAUUCUUAGCAAACUGCAUCACUAUGACGAGGAAGAACGAGAGGGGAACCAGCAUCAAAUGUUUGAUGUGGAUCGAAUUUCUACAGAAGGCAGAGAGGAGCGUCUUGUCUUGACUAAAGAUAAGAUGCCUUUGCUGCCGUCAUCUGAAAAUUUUCAUGGAGUUAAUGAGGAUGAUAACGCUGCUGAGACUGAGGAAGAGAUUGACUAUUUACCAGAUAUGGCUAGUAAAUCUGAAGCCGAGGAGGUUGGAUGCUCAACAAAAAUGACAGUGGAGGAGGCACCAGAUAAUACUAAGCAAACCAAAGAACAGGGCAAUUGUCUGAGGGAUAAUCCAACAAGGGGAACAACAAUUGACAAAGCUGAUAUAACAUGGGGAGAUGGCCUUAAGAACUCGGAUAAUCAACCUUCAGUAAAAGAGCCACUCUCUACAGUGGUAAGAAAGGUGUUUGGGCUCCUGUAGAACAGUUCCUUCCUUCCAGACUACUAGACUAGUUUGGAGGGCAAUAGAUCAGCUAAUUGAAACUCUUCAGUUGUAUUGUACUGGCAACUGCAAGUAGGCACACAACUCUUUCUGCUCAUGAAAUAUUCGCGCCAUCUAGAGUUAAGAUUUCCAGAAACAUAUGGUAUUUAAUGCUGUUCGGUUUC